AUGGCGUCUUCUUCUUCCACCAAAGUAUCCAUGAAGCUUCUUAUCGACACAAAGAAUAACAAAGUUCUCUUUGCUGAAGCUUCAAAACCUGUCAUAGACUUUCUCUUCAACUUGCUAUGCUUACCUAUUGGUACUGUAGUUAAGUUUCUAAGUUCAAAUAACAUGGUAGGUAGCUUAGGAAAUCUGUAUCAAAGUGUUGAAAAUCUGGACCAGAAUUACAUGCAACCAUUUCAAACCAAGGAUGUUCUCUUAAACCCAAAAGCUCAAAGCUCUUCCACUCAAAUCUCAGGCUUCCUUACUCGUAACCAUGCUAAUGAAGACAAAGAUGAAGAAAUAAAGUUGUUCAUGUGUCCAAAUAAGUGUAAGUUUGAGGUGACAAAAGAUAACACAACUCGAUGCACUAGUUCUGUCAAUAUUCACUCUCCUUUUAUGGCUCCAGCCUAUUCUUCUUGCUUAAACUUUAUGAGCAGUGAAGUUCCUUAUAUUGGAAAUAAGAAGGUUGCUGGAAAAAAAAAGGUUUUUCCAAUAACAAGAGUGGUUUUGUGA